AAAGUGUAGUCAUAUUUCUGAUAGGGUUGACUGUAUGCAUCUUGACUUAUUUCAGGAAGGACACAUAGAGCUUAGUAGUUGCACCCAGACACAGCCUUCUCUCAACAAAUUUUGGGCCGAAGGAUCAUCUGGAAACCCCUAACACUUUAUUUAGGAAAUUUCACUGAAUCAAAUAUGGCUUUGCAGAAUAUUGGAGCCGGCAACAGUGAUGAUGCCUUCUACAGGUAUAAGAUGCCGAGGAUGAUUACCAAGAUAGAGGGGCGUGGGAAUGGCAUCAAGACAAACGUGGUCAACAUGGUUGACAUUGCCAAAGCUCUAGCAAGGCCAGCAUCUUAUACCACAAAGCAUUUUGGGUGUGAGCUUGGAGCUCAGUCGAAGUUUGAUGAAAAAACUGGGACUUCCCUUGUCAAUGGUUCUCAUGAUACUGCCAAGCUUGCUGGUCUUCUUGAGAUUUUCAUCAAGAAAUAUGUUCAGUGCUAUGGGUGUGGAAACCCUGAAACUGAAAUCCUUAUCACUAAAACUCAGAUGAUCCAACUGAAGUGUGCUGCAUGUGGUUUUAUUUCUGAUGUAGACAUGAGAGACAAACUGACAACCUUUAUUCUUAAGAACCCACCUGAGUCUAAGAAGGGAGCCAAAGACAAGAAAGCAAUGAGAAGAGCUGAAAAGGAGCGUCUCAAGGAAGGUGAAGCUGCUGAUGAAGAGCUGAAGAAGCUGAAGACAAAGAAAAAGGUUUCUUCCAAGGAAGCCAGUGCAAAACCUACCUUGAAAAAGAAAGCCAGUGGCUCUGACGAGGAUCAUGCAUCCCCACCCAAAAGGCAUGUGAAUGUCAGGGAAGAGGAGGAAGAAGAAGAUGAUGAUGUUCAAUGGCAAACUGAUACAUCAAUGGCAGCUGCGCAACAGCGCAUACAGGAACAGUUGAGUGCUGUGACAGCUGAAAUGGUUAUGCUCUCCACAAAUGAGACAGAAAAGAAGCCCAAGGCAGCUACUACUCAAGCGCAUCAAAGUACCAAGGUCAUUUCUGCACCAUCUGACAAUGAUCCCAAAGCUGAGAAUGGAGAGAGAACAUUUGAGACGCUUGUUGAGGAGGUCAAAGUACAUCUAAAGAUGGGUGUUACGGCCAGCCAGUUUCGAUCUUUCUUGGAUUCACUUUCUGGAUCUCCUCAGGACAUGGUUACUGCUGUCUACGAGGCACUCUUGGAUGGUGUGGAGAAAGCGUUCGCCAAGGAGCUUAUUAAGAAGAAAGGUUAUCUUCUUGCUGCUGUUGGUCAAGAGGAUGGGUCACAGCUACGUUUGCUCAGAGCACUGGAAGAAUUCUGUGGGAAAUCUAACCCGGCAGCUGUGAAGGAAGUAGCACUUGUUUUGAAAGCUUUGUAUGAUGCUGAUGUGUUGGAGGAGGAAUUUAUAGUGCAGUGGUAUCAAGAGGGUGUUGCUGGGGUUAAAAAGGACUCUAAAAUUUGGAAGAAUGUCAAACCUUUCAUUGACUGGCUGCAGAGUGCUGAGUCCGAGUCCGAGGAGGACUGAGAUCACAACUGUCGUUC